AUGUCAUUGCAGGUCUUGUCUACCAGUACAAUGAGAAAAUACCUGUCCCUUCUCUCCCUGGCUCUGGUCUGCUGCUGCAGCGUACAGGCUGAAGUCUUCACCUCUAUAGGUAAGCCUAUAUGUACUGUAUGCCUAUACCAUUACACCUCUGUAGUGUAGGCCUUUACCAUUCAAAAUAUAUAAGUAGGCCUAUACCAUUACUCUUAUAUGUAUGACAUCAGGGUGUUUUCUGCAUAGAAAAGUCUUGGGUGGGCUGCCUAAGUGUUUUUUAUUCAGAUCACCAAAGUCCAAACAAUAAAAUAAAAUAAUAAUACAACUUUUUCAGUGUAAACUUAAACGACUAAACCCAGAUAUUGAGUAUGCAGAAAAGAUAAUGGACCUAUAUAGUAUUUAAAUAAGAUCAUCUUUGAGAUCUAACAAACACCAAAAUAAAAGCUAGACAGUCAGGGAGAAUCUAAAAUGACAAAAAUGAUGCAUUCAGGAGUAUUUUUGUCAUGGCAUGGGACCCACAUUGAUUUUGUUAUAAUGUUUGAGUCACUCAGAUGGCAUAAGACCACGACAUAAGCCAUGUCAAAUUUGUAGAAUUGCAGGAAAUGAGCUGUAAAACAGUUUUUUUUCUCUCAGCCCCAUUGAGUUUUUUUUUUUUUGAAUAGCAUGAAAUUAGCUUUAAAACAGCCACAUUUUGUCUCUGCGGCCAAGAGGAGGGCCUCAAAAGUGCAACGUCAGCCACACCCACUGCCACGCCCCCGCCCACCACCUAAGCCCCAUUUUGAUUCAGAAAAAACCUGGACAUCAGUCAUCCUUAGUUCCUAAUUCCUGUCAUAUACUGAACAAAAAUAUAAAUGCAACAUGUCAAGUGUUGGUCCCAUGUUUCAUGAGCUUAAAUAAAAGAUCCCAAUGAAGAAACGUAGUGGAACUGGCUUCAAGGUCCAGAGUUGAGUUUGACUACAGGCUAUUGAAUUGCUGCCUUUCCCAGCAUGUUGAUACAUCUGUAUUUGUUGUGUACAGUAUGCUAUUGAGAAGACCGAGCUUUACACCCCCAGCCUACAAGGUCUCUUUGUCUUAGAGUUGACAGACAUUCUUUCUCUCACCCAACCUCCAGAGUGGUCAACAGCUUUUUAAAAAAUCUCUCGAGAACACAUUUGCUAAGUCUCUGAACUCUCCUCACAUCUGACCCGCAUAAAAGCAGCAUAAAAGCAAUCAAAGGAAGGAAACACCUGCGUCAGACAAGGCUUAGGAGAUUUUAUAUAAUUUAAAGCAGCCUCAUUAACAGAUUUUCUCGGUACAGCACAUAUUUGUAACUAAGCAAGUAGCAGUUGUUCUUAUUCAGUCCAAUUUCUAAAAUAACAUUUUGAGCUUAAUUGGCACCAGCAGCCUGUAUAAUGUUAGUUGAAGUCAUCCGUGUAAUUUACUUUACUUUGCUUCGUUUGGCUGCCAUUUGACUAAGAUACAAAUGUGUCGUGAAGCUGUUUCACUCUCCUUCUGGCAACCGCAUCGAGCUCACUCCUAACUGUCCAGCGUUGCCAUGGAAUUGUUUUCUGCAUACAGCGGCAUCCCCGCCCCCUUACCUCAAAGACCCAUGGGUAUUUACAAUGCUGUGUGGUUGGACACAUAAUACUAUACAAUCUCAGCAGAGGAGGCUACGUGUUGAGAGGUAUUUUGCAUUUUCACUUACUAAAGUCUGUGUACGAAACUGUUCAGAAUAUAGCUAAAAUAUUUCACAGACCAUUAAACCGAAGCACUUUCCAUGUCCACUUUCUCUCAGGAAAUGAUGAUCAUGGGAAAUGACUCGACCUGGUUGCCUAACAGUUCUAACACAAAAGCUUCAGGAUAUUGAAUGGGUCAUCUUCAGUUUCAACUUCACAGAAUUGCUUUUUUCCUUAAACCUUCUAUUAGGUCAAAUGACAGACCUGAUAUACACAGAGAAGGAGUUGGUUCAGUCCUUGAAAGAAUACAUCAAAGCAGAGGAGUCCAAACUAGAUGCUGUGAAAAGGUGAACACUACAAUCUGUAACCAUAGAAUCCUUUUAGCCUUUUUUUCAAUGAUGUUCCUUUGCCAGAAUAAGCCUAACUGACAGAGAUGGAAUAGGCCAGUUUGAGAAAUGAUCAAUAAUCGCAUUGUAGCACGAUUAGAGAUAAUUUUCUACUGGACUGAACCUGACUCUUUCCCUCCAUGUGCUGUGCUGUAGCUGGGCCAACAAGCUGGACGUGCUGACGCGUGCCUCCACCUCAGACCCAGAGGGCUACCUGGCCCACCCCGUCAACGCCUACAAGCUGAUGAAGAGACUCAACACGGAGUGGGCCGAGCUGGAGAGCCUGGUGCUGCAGGACCCCUCAGACGGUACGAUAGGGAUGGAGGGAGGGAGAGGUUACAGCUUCUUCUUCUCUGUGUGGAGGCUUGUGGAGAAGGGGGUGUCGGGCCAAUUGUGAUCCAUCAUACUCCACCCCCACAUCUGCAGAGUAGAGUGGAGCUGAGAGAGAACACUGGCUGUCAUCUUUCAUGUCCAGCUGUAACUGCAUCUGUUUACAUUGGUCACGUCUUCAGUGUGUGCGGGUGUGUGUGUGUGUGUGUGUUUGUCUGUUGUCUUGCCUAUAUGUUUGUCUUUGCAUGCUGUAUGCACAGCCAUGCAGCUGUGUGUAAAUGUGGACCCACCAACAUCUUUAUGUUGUCAGAUGUCUGGAAGGAGGCUAAAUGGAAGUUCCAGUGUAUUUGUUGAUAUUAGGAAUGGAUCGUAACACACUCUGUGUGUUUGUUAUCUAGCCAUCACCAGAGGCAACAAAAAGACCUGGAGAUAACCUAAUUAUAUCAGCUAGUCUCCCUUGUGUUUCCCCGUAGAGCUCUUAGCCUUUACGCCAGUGGUUCUCAUACCUCUCCUCUGGGACCCCAGCCGUUCCAUGUAUUUGAUAUAUUCCACAGCUAACACACCUGAUUCAACUUGUCAACUAAUCAGCAAACCCUUGAAUAGGUGAAUCAGGUGAGCCAGUUCAGAGCUACAACAACAUGGUGAAAUGUCUGGGGGUCCCUGAGGAGAGGUUUGAGAACCACUGCUAUACGUGACUAGAAUCACAGUUUACAUCCUCUAGUUAUCUUAACCUCACGCUCUAGAUCACACAUUAUAGCAGUGCACACCAGGCAACUCCACUGCAGAUGUUCUGUGCUUGAUGCCUUUGACUAUUUGUAUGCGUCCCAAAUGGCACCCUAUUAGUGCUGAGUGAUUAGUACUUUUUGAGGUCAGUUCGGUUUCGGUUAGAAUGUAUAGAAAAUAAUCACAGUUUUUGAUUUUUGUACUUUUUUUAGACAUUAAAUGCACUAUACAUUAUGUGGGUUGAAUGCUGUAACAACACAGAAUAAAACAAUUAAUAAAAGUGCUAUGAUGGUAGUGACUGCCCAUUACUGCUUAUCACUUAUUAACCAUAAUUUAUUCACAUGACUUUACUUGAAUAAAAUAUUUGUUUUAUUUGAUGACUUUAUUCCAAGUCAUCCUCUCAUCGCUAUAAAGCUGCUGCCUAUGCUCUCUGACAAAAUUACUAUUUUAGUAGUUCUUCAAAGUAAAUAAGGCAUACUUUAUGACUGCUGAAUACCAACUAUCAAUCACUUAGAUCAUGUAUUUUCCGGUUCGCAAAGCAACUGCUUUCUAUCCCUCUCGCACGUUCUCUCUUCUCUCUGUCUCCGUGUCUGCUUCACACAGAAAGGACAAGUAAGUGGACACGCAAUGGAUUAUGGUCAUUGUAGUUGAUUACCACGUUUUCUGCACUGAACUAUGUAGAAUGUUGGCCUGUUGGAAACUACAACUCCCUACUACAUCGCACAGUUCGGGCUUGAUCUGAUUUAUCUCUACAGAAACUGAGCAUCGAGCUCACAGAAAAAAAGGAACGAAAUGGAAUUCAAAUAAUUGAACCGACGUCGGUCAAUUAGUUAUUUAAAAACCAAAAAAUAACAGAAAUGUUAGUUAAAUCGCUCAAAUGGGCCCUGGUCAAAAGUAGUCCACUAUAAAGUGAAAAGAGUGGUAUUUGGGACGAAGCCUUCGAUGACUCACAAGAUUUGAAUCAUUUUUCACUGUUUCACUCUGUGUCUGUAUCACUGUGGUCCCUCCUCAGGGUUCAUCUCUAACAUGACAGUACACAGGCAGUACUUCCCUGACCAGGAGGAUGAAAAAGGUGCUGCCAAGGCACUGAUGCGUCUCCAGGACACGUACAAACUGGACUCUGAGAGUUUCUCCAGGGGCAAACUGCCAGGUAAAGAAGGAGUGUUGUUGUCCUCUCCCUGACUCCAUGCAGACACAGUUAAAAUCACUCGAACACUGCCAAGGAAGAUAGAAGCCUCCAUAUGUGUUAUCACAGUGUAUGAGCUGAGCAUAUCUCAGCCUUCCAGAAAGCUUUGAGCAAGCUAAGUGCUACUGCAGAGUGGUUUCUAUUUCUUCCAGCCAGAUGUCUAACCUCACCAGAAAUGCAAGCUCAAACAGAACAGUCUUGACACCAAGAGCAGAUGCUUUGGCCACACAUUCACUGUGUAUAUAUAUUUUUAUGACAAAUGUGCAUCCUAUCCUAGUAUUCCACCCCACCAAGUCAGGCAACUCUGUCAGAAAAAGGUUGCAAAAGCAAUGUGUUUUGAUAUGACCCUCUUAUUGCUGCAGUAGAAACAUAAUCUACGGGAUCACAACACCAUUAUGGAUUUAUGGAGCAAUUUUAUGGAGUAAACCUCAUAAACAGUUCAUACACUGCUCAUAGACAGUCAUAUUAAUGGAAGUUGCUAUGAAGUGCUAAUGAGAAACCUCACACAGAACAGAAUGGUGUAUUUAUAUAUACUGUACUACACUAUACUAAGGGUGACAAAAUUUCCCCAAAUUCCAAUGUUUCGCAGAAAUCCUGUUUGGAGGAUUCACGGAUUUCCUGCUUGUUCCCUCCUGAUUCCAGGAAUCUUCCAACUGGGAUUUCUGGAAAACCUGUGAAUUUUGCAACCCUAACUAUAUUAUAACUGCAGGUAUGCACCACAACGCCAUCCUGACGGUGGAUGACUGUUACGACAUGGGGAAGACAGCGUACAACGAGGCAGACUACUACCAUGCAGUGCUGUGGAUGCAGCAGGCCCUCAGGCAGAUGGAUGCAGAGGAGGAGCACGUGGUGUCCAGGGCUGAUGUCCUGGACUAUCUCAGCUACUCCGUCUACCAGAUGGGAGACCUGUCCCGCGCCAUCGAGCUGACACGCCGCCUAGUGGCCAUCGGUAGGACACACACGCGACAUACCGCUGAAACAUCUUCAGAACUUGUUUAAUAUCCAGGAGCUUAUUUUCAGUGGUGGAUAAAGAACCUAAUUGUCAUACUUCAGUAAAAGUAAAGACGCCUUAAUAGAAAAUGACUCAAGUAAAAGUGAAAGUCACCCAGUAAAAUACUACUUCAGUAAAAGUCUAAAAGUAUUUGGUUUUAAAUAUACUUAAGUAUCAAAAGUAAAAGUAAAAGUAUAAAUAAUUUCAAAUUACUUAUUUUAUAGCAAACCAGAUGGCAUCAUUUUCAUGUUUAAUUUACAGAUAGCCAGACAUAAUUUACAAAUGAAGCAUGUGUUUAGUGAAUCUGCCGGAUCAGGGGCAGUAGGGAUGGCCAGGGAUGUUCUCUUUAUAAGUGUGUGAAUUAGGCAUUAUUCCUGUCCUGCUAAGCAUUUAAAAUGUAACGAGUACAUUUGUGUGUCAGGGAAAAUGUAUGGCGUAAAAAGUACAUUAAUUUCUUUAGGAAUGUAGUGAAGUAAAAGUAAAAGUUGUCAAAAAUAUAAAUAGUAAAGUACAGAUACCCAAAGAAACUACUUAAGUAGUACUUUCAAGUAUUUUUACUUAAGUACUUUACACCACUGCUUAUUUUUAAGGGUGUUUGAGAACAGGAGAGACGUCUUUCUCUCUCACUCUCAAACACAUUCUCACUAUCUCAAUCUCUUAUACUCUCACUCUGUCUCUCACACACAUUCCUCACAUAAUCUAAUAUUCUCACACAUUCUCCAACUCUCAUAUACAUCUUCCAGAGUUCCAGGGUGUAACCCAGAGAGUGGUCAUGGUUGACUAUUUUAAACUGCAUCAGUGAUGUUGUGUGUUGAAGGCUGCAAUUAUGGAGAUCUGGUUGCUUUGUUUGAAUGUGAAGUUAAAUGGACCAAAACCAAGGCGAACAACUAGGAAAAUCUGCCAGCACUGUCAUAUUUACCAAGGAAAUAAUCAAAUUUAAAAGAGUAACAUUAGUUACUGUAGUUAUCUAGAAUAACGUAUUGCUGGGUAGUUGUCCCUAGUUUUGGUAUGUUUUUUGUGUUUGUGGCAGGAAAUGUGCAGGAAAAGUGGCUGAAAAAGUGCUACUUCUAACCCUUUUGUACAGGAGGGGGUCGCAGUUCCGGAGCGAUCCACUAGGUGUCCUCCUCCGACAACCUUAGGCACCUCCUCACUCACAGUCUGGACUAAUCAUGAUCCUAUUGGUGUCACCUGUGUCUACCUGUUCACCUGUGUAUUUAUGCCCUCACUUCCCUGUGUUCCCUUGCUAGUUUCUCGAUGCCAAGCAGUACAAAUCAGUGUCUUAUCGCGAGACGUAUGUACAGGUACUUGAGAAGUGUUGUUUCAGUCGUAGUUAGUAUUUCGUGUUUUUGCUGUCAGCCUGUUUUUGGAGACCAAUUUGCUCCUCCUUUAUUUUAUAAUGACAAGUCUGUUAUUUUGUAUCCUGGCUUUGGGACCACCAGUAAAGAUCCUUGUUUCUCUGCUUACUACCUACUGUCUAUCCUGCACCGCACCUGGGUCACACCUCACACCAACCCUUACACCUUUAAAGCAUUUUAAGUAAAUAAAGGGAAAUAGCGUACUAGGGAGUUGUCAGUAGAUUGUUUUUUGUCGAGAUAACUAAUUCCAAUUGAAAAGACAACUGACCUAACUAAAAUACAGUGCAUUCGGAAAGUGUUCAGACCACUUCACUUUUUCCACAUUUUGUUACGUUACAGCCUUAUUCUGAAAUUGAUUAAAUUGUUUUUCCUCAUCAAUCUACACAAAAUACCCCAUAAUGACAAAGCAAAAACAGGUUUUUAGAAAUGUUUGCAAAUGUAUUAAAAAUAAAAAACAGAAUCUUGUUUCCAUUGAUCGUCCUUGAGAAGUUUGUAUAACUUGAUUGGAGUCCACCUGUGGUAAAUUCAAUUGACUGAACAUGAUAUGGCAAGGCACACACUUGUCUAUAUAAGGUCCCACAGUUGACAGUGCAUGUCAGAGCAAAAACCAAGCCAUGAGGUCGAAGGAACUGUCCAUAGAGCUCAGAGACAGGAUUGUGUUGAGGCACAGAUCUGGGGAAGUGUACCAAAACAUUUCUGCAGCAUUGAAGGUCCCAAGAACACAGUGGCCUCCAUCAUUCUUAAAUGGAAGAAGUUUGGAACCACCAAGACUCUUCCUAGAGCUGGCCGCCCGGCCAAACUGAGUAAUCGGGGGAGAGGGGCCUUGGUUAGGGAGGUGACCAAGAACCCAAUGGUCACUCUGACAGAGCUCCAGAGUUCCUCUGUGGAGAUUGGAGAACCUUCAAGGAGGACAACCAUCUCUGCAGCAUUCCACCAAUCAGGCCUUUAUGGUAGAGUGGCCAGACGGAAGCCACUCCGCAGUAAAACACACAUGACAGCACGCUUGGAGUUUGCCAAACAGCACCUAAAGACUCAGACCAUGAGAAACAAGAUUCUCUGGUCUGAUGAAACCAAGAUUGAACUCUUUGGCCUGAAUGUCAAGCGUCACGUCUGGAGGAAACCUGGCACCAUCCCUACGGUGAAGCAUGGUGGUUGCUGUGGGGAUGUUUUUCAGCGGCAGGGACUGGGAGUCUAGUCAGGAUCGAGGGAAAGAUGAACAGAGCAAAGUACAGAGAGAUCCUUGAUGAAAACCUGCUCCAGUGCUCAGGACCUCAGACUGGGGUGAAGGUUCAUCUUUCAACAGGACAACGACCCUAAGCACACAGCCAAGAUAACGCAGGAGUGGCUACGGGACAAGUCUCUGAAUGUCCUUGAGUGGCCCAGCCAGAGCCCGGACUUGAACCCGAUCUAACAUCUCUGGAGAGACCUGAAAAUAGCUGUGCAGCGAUGCUCCCCAUCCAACCUGACAGAGCUUGAGAGGAUCUGCAGAGAAGAAUGGGAAAAACUCCCAAAUACAGGUGUGCCAAGCUUGUGGCUUCAUACCCAAGAAGACUUGAGGCUGUAAUCGCUGCCAAAGGUGCUUCAACAAAGUACUGAGUAAAGGGUAUGAAUACUUAUGUAAAUGUCAUAUUUCAGUUUUGUAAGAAAUGUGCAAAAAGUUCUAAAAACCUGUUUAUGGUUUGUCAUUAUGGGUUAUUGUGUAUAGAUUGAUGAGGGGGGAAAAAACAAUUUAAUCAAUUUUAGAAUAAGGCUAUAAUGUAACAAAUUGUGGAAAAAGUCAAGGGGUCUGAAUACAUUCCGAAUGCACUGUAACUGAAUGCGAUGUUGCCAUAUAAUCCUGCCUCUCAUCUCAUAAGACGUAAUGGCAAUUAUGAAAUAACUGCAGUUGACUGACUCUAAAGACAACAAGGAGGCAUCUUAUUUCAGACAUUCAAUGUCAGUGUUUCUUAUCCUUGAGACUCAGAACACAUUUAUUUUGUUUUAGUAGCAUUUAACAGCAUCAAAGAGAGACAGUUCUUAUUCACUCAAACCAGUGAUGAGAGUUAAACUUUGUCGAAUUGUGCUAUCACACAAUUAAUUACUGCUGAUUCUAAUACAUUUCCCUCAUAUUCCCAUGUCCUGUUAGUCUGCGUAACUGCGUGACCCGUGGUGUCCUUACAGACUCUAGCCACCAGAGGGCAGGAGGGAACCUGCGUUACUUUGAGAAGCUGCUGUCCAAGCAGCUGAAGGAGCUGAACCAGGAGGGCCAGGAGCCAGCCACAGAGGAGCCCAUCCAGCUGGGGACCUACAAGAGACCCAGUGACUACCUGCCUGAGAGGGAGAUAUACGAGGCCCUGUGCAGGGGAGAGGGAGUCAAAAUGGUAAGAGACUGAUUGUCUGAGAUUCUUCAAUGACAGUUGGUUAGGGGUAGUGGACAAAAAGUUAGAUUUGCAAUCUGUAUGGCUAUGCCUUGAUAAUAUCAAUCUAGAGAGGGCCAUGAUGAAUAAGCUGUCAGAGUGGUGACAAGAAUGAGGGACUGUUAGAGAGGGGCAGUGCUUAAUUUGAGCUGGAUCCUGCCGGAACAGGACCCGGCACCUCUUAGUUUUGGACUGUUUUGUUGUGGAACCCAUUUUCUCAUGGAAUGAAAAAUUAUUUUCACUGUUGGCAAUGUAAAAAUUUGAAUAAAACAAAUCAGAGUUCAAAUCAAGUUACCUUCUCUUUAAUUCUCCUGUCCCCUAAAAAAACGAAUGUGAAAACGUGCCUGAUAUUCUAAGAAUUGAUUCGUGUUGGGCCGGCCCGGGCAACAUUGUAGCCUAUAGACCAAUGCGUGACAGUUCCUGAGAGAAGCGUGCACAUGUAUCUCUCACAGAACUAGAAUGAUAUUCACUUUCUAUGAUCUCUCUCUGCUCUGAUAGACAUGAGCCUGCAACAUUAAUCUUUCCAGCUUUCUGAUAGACAUGAGCCUACAACAUUCAUCUCUCCAGCUUUCUGAUAGACAUGAGCCUGCAACAUUCAUCUCUCCAGCUUUCUGAUAGACAUGAGCCUGCAACAUUCAUCUCUCCAGCUUUCUGAUAGACAUGAGCCUGCAACAUUCAUCUCUCCAGCUUUCUGAUAGACAUGAGCCUGCAACAUUCAUCUCUCCAGCUUUCUGAUAGACAUGAGCCUACAACAUUCAUCUCUCCAGCUUUCUGAUAGACAUGAGCCUGCAACAUUCAUCUCUCCAGCUUUCUGAUAGACACAAGCCUACAACAUUCAUCUCUCCAGCUUUCUGAUAGACACGAGCCUACAACAUUCAUCUCUCCAGCUUUCUGAUAGACACGAGCCUGCAACAUUAAUCUCUCCAGCUUUCUGAUAGACACGAGCCUGCAACAUUCAUCUCUCCAGCUUUCUGAUAGACACGAGCCUGCAACAUUCAUCUCUCCAGCUUUCUGAUAGACACGAGCCUGCAACAUUCAUCUCUCCAGCUUUCUGAUAGACAUGAGCCUGCAACAUUCACCUCUCCAGCUUUCUGAUAGACAUGAGCCUGCAACAUUCAUCUCUCCAGCUUUCUGAUAGACAUGAGCCUGCAACAUUCAUCUCUCCAGCUUUCUGAUAGACAUGAGCCUGCAACAUUCAUCUCUCCAGCUUUCUGAUAGACAUGAGCCUGCAACAUUCAUCUCUCCAGCUUUCUGAUAGACAUGAGCCUGUAACAUUCAUCUCUCCAGCUUUCUGAUAGACAUGAGCCUGCAACAUUCAUCUCUCCAGCUUUCUGAUAGACAUGAGCCUGCAACAUUCAUCUCUCCAGCUUUGCACCUUCAUCAAUAAUUUCCUUAUAGAAUCAUAGCCGUGGGAAGGGUGCUGGAGGCAGCGGUGGAAAAAGUACCCAAUUGUCAUACUUGAGUAAAAGUAAAGAUACCUUAAUAGAAAAUGACUCAAGUAAAAGUGAAAGUCACCCAGUAAAAUACUACUUGAGUAAAAGUAUUUGGUUUUAAAUAUACUUAAGUCUAAAAAGUAAAUGUAAUUGCUCAAAUAUAUUUAAGUAUCAAAGUAAAAGUAUAAAUCAUUUCAAAUGUCUUAUAUUAAGCAAACCAGACGGCAUAAUUUAUUUAUUUAUUUAGGGAUAGCCAGGGGCACACUCCAACACUCAGACAUCAUUUACAAAUGAAGCAUGUGUGUUUAGUGAGUCCGCCAGAUCAGAGGCAAUAGGGAAGACCAGGGAUGUUCGCUUGAUAAGCGCGUGAAUUGGACCAUUUUCCUGUCCUGCUAAGCAUUAAAAAUGUAAGGAGUACUUUUGGGUGUCAGGGAAAAUGUAUGGAGUAAAAAGUACAUUAUUGUCUGUAGGAAUGUAGUGAAGUAAAAGUAAAAGUAGUUAAAAAUAUAAAUAGUAAAGUAAAGUACAGAAACCCCCCAAAAACGUCUUAAGUAGUACUUUCAAGUAUUUUUACUAAAGUACUUUACACCACUGGCUGGAGGUGCUGCAGCACCCCUGAUCAAUUUAACUACAUUUGCCAAAGUUAUAAAAUUACUUUCUGUCUGUUCAGAAAUAAAUUAAAUAAUUCAGAACACUACACCAGGAGUAGUCCUAUAAUUUAGCCACAGAGGAUCAACAAUAGCUUUUUUAAAUUGUAAUAGCCUAGCUGUGGAUUGUGUGUAGCCCAAUCACAAGGCAUGCCUACAGUCGGGAAUGCGCAGCAAAUCUGUCAGUGAACAGCAUGUAGCCAAAACAGGCCUUUCGCAAUAUUUGAAAUACAAUCGCAGGAAAAACAAAUCUGUCUGUAGGCUACCAAAUAUGUUAUCAACUUCCAAAUAGGCCUAUUGAGCGAAGAGCAUUGUUUUAGAAAGUAAAACAAGAGAGAUAUAGGCUUUUGGCACGAGCGCAUCUGCCAUCGCUGGUGAGUGAGCUAUGCAUCAUUAGGUGAGUCAGUGAAACUGGAAAGCUUUUUUAGGACUAUCAUUUCCUCCUCAUAUUGUACAAUAUGUGUGUCUCCACACACCUAGGUCUAGGCUACUGAUGGAUUCAAGACAAGGUCAUUUUUAUUGAUCUGAGAUUCUCAGUUUGUCAGUGUUAAAGUAGGCUGUAAUUUACAGCAUUUGUGAGGUAUUAACAAAUAUUCUGCUAGUCUCCAGUCAUCUAAAAUUUGUAGAAUUGCAUGAAAUGCGUUAAUAAAAAGGUCCAAUUUUUCUCUGACCCUAGGCUUACAUUUUUUCUCCCCAUGUGCACAACUUUUGCAAGCGCCUCUACUCUACUGCUCUAUGCCAGUACGCAAGAGCGAUGAUAUGCAUGCAAUGUUCAAUUUUUUAAUUUAUGCGUUCCGGUACAUCAGAACCACCCAGGUCACCCCCCUCUCAGCUCACUUUUUGUUCCAGCACCUCCCAAUUGACAAAUUAAGCACUGGAGAGGGGAUGUGAGGUAGCUUAACAGGGUUUUGGAGAUGAGAUGUGAAUUCCAGUAUAACUCACACUCCCAACCCAUUCCACCCUCCACCCCAUCCAGACCACUGAGAGGCGCAGCCGGCUGUACUGCCGCUACCAUGACGGGAACAGGAACCCUCGCCUGCUGCUCCAGCCCAUGAAGGAGGAGGACGAGUGGGACAGCCCGCACAUCGUCCGCUACCUCAACGCUCUGUCAGACCAGGAGAUGGAGAAGAUCAAGCAGCUGGCCAAGCCCAGGGUGAGAGGAGCAGCAAACUGGGCCAGCAAGCCCACUAUAACCUUAGAAUAUCUCUAUUAAUAGAUGGAAUAAUAUACUGUAUGUCUCAGUGGUAGUAUUAAAACAUUGUAUCAUAAGAGAGUGAAUGUCUCAGGAACAUAAGAUGGUGUCAAUAUUAAUUUAUACUGUAUAUCUUUGUAUAGCUUGCGAGAGCUACUGUUAGAGACCCUAAAACAGGCGUUCUGACCACAGCAAACUACAGGGUAUCCAAAAGGUGAGUCAUUAUGGGUAAGCAGGGUUUUGGCACCCUCUGUAGAUCAUGUUUAGUUAUGCCUCAUUUCUGGGGAAUGAGUCUUGUUGUUGUGGUGAGUCAGUGGAUGUGUUGUCCUUCAGUGCGUGGCUGGAGGGGGAGGAGGACCCUGUUAUUGAGCGCGUCAACCAAAGGAUAGAGGACAUCACAGGUCUGACAACGCAGACUGCCGAAUUACUCCAGGUACAGAUCACAUACAGGUUCAUUUCAAUUUAUCAGACGGUGCUGCAGCCCCCUCAGCACCCCUACUUCCCGCGGCUACGAGCCUACCUGGUAGACAUAGAUAACUAUACAUGCAGUCUUCCUGUUAGACAAUUAUAUACUGUAGUGUACCUGUUACACUCAUAUCCAUGUCCCGUGUAGCUCAGUUGGUAGAGCAUGGCGCUUGCAAUGCCAGGGUUGUGGGUUCGUUGCACUCACUAACUGUAAGUCACUCUGGAUAAGAGCGUCUGCUAAAUGACUAAAAUGUAAAUGUAAAUAUCAACAUUGGGCAUCAUUUUCUGAUGGUUUACUGUUAGAAUACCCUUCUUCACUUUGUGAAACUUAGCUGAUCGUUUUGUGUGAGUAGUUGUUAACUUCAGGGUCCCGUUUUUUCAAAAGUUAUCUGAUCGCAUUACGGCAAUCGGAUUUGAUUAAAUGCAUAGAAAUAGAAUGAAUAGAGGGCAUAUCAUUGACUUGAAUGGGGACGCGUGUUCUGUUCAUUCUAUUUCUAUGGCUUUAAUCCUAUCCGAUUGAAGAAAUCUGAUCAGUUAACUUCUGAAAAACUAGGCCCAGAGGUUGUCCAAUAACUUAGCUUCUACUCUUUGUCUCACUAAACAGAUUGCUAACUAUGGGGUCGGAGGACAAUACGAGCCACAUUUUGAUUUCUCCAGGGUAAGGGUAAUCUCGAUACGGUGACUAAAGUGUGCUCUAUGUUGCAUCUGGGAAGGGAUGCAACAGGCAUGCAAUCGUUGAUCCUGCUGUGAUCUAUGGAGAAGUACGUUUUCACACAUGAAGCCACACGCCACUUGCUUAUGUUGUUUUCCUCCUUUACAAUAUACACUACCGUUCAAAGGUUUGGGGUCACUUAGAAAUGUCCUUGUUUUCGAAAGAAAAGCAAAUUUUUUGUCCAUUAAAAUAACAUCAAAUUGAUCAGAAAUACAAUGUUGACAUUGUUAAUGUUGUAAAUGGCUACUGUAGCUGGAAACAUCAGAUUUUUUAUGGAAUAUCUACAUAGGCAUAGCAACCAUCAGUCCUGUGUUCCAAUGGCACGUUGUGUUUGCUAAUCCAAGUUUAUCAUUUUAAAAGGCUAAUUGAUCAUUAGAAAACCCUUUUGCAAUUAUGUUAGCACAGCUGAAAACUGUUGUGCUGAUUAAAGAAGCAAUAAAACUGGCCUUCUUGAGACUAGUUGAGUAUCUGGAGCAUCAGCAAUUGUGGGUUUGAUUACAGGCUCAAAAUGGCCAGAAACAAAUAACUUUCUUCUGAAACUCGUCAGUCUAUUCUAGUUCUGAGAAAUGAAGGCUAUUCCAUGCGAGAAAUUGCCAAGAAACUGAAGAUCUCGUACAACGCUGUGUACUACUCCCUUCACAGAACAGCGCAAACUGGCUCUAACCAGAAUAGAAAGAGGAGUGGGAGGCCCGGUGCACAACUGAGCAAGAGGACAAAUACAUUAGUGUCUAGUUUGAGAAACUUUUGAACGGUAGUGUAUGUUGACCCGUGAUAAAAAAGAAAUUAGCGCUGCACAUUUAGCUGUCAACGGGCAAGACGGUGUGUAAGACCAAUGGGGACCUCUAAAGUUAGGGGGAUUCUGGCUCUCACCCACUGCUAGAGGCUGCAUCCCAAAUGGCAACCUAUUCCCUAUGUAGUGCACUAUACAGUAAAGGGAAUACAGUGCCAUUUGUGGUGCAGAUAGAAUGGUGUGUAUCCAAGAGGGGCCCUGAAUUCCUAUAUGGCAGAUUGCCAAAGGAGACCUAGAUGACGGGUUGAGUCACAGUUGAAUCAUGUCCAUAACCCCGAGGGUAUAUUCCAAGAAGGAGAAUAACUCAGAGGUCAUAUUCCUAGAAGAAGAGUUUCUAAGACCAAUAUGUACAGAUAUAUUGGCAUCCUUGCAUUUUACAAUGGAGUGCAAUGGAGCAGAAUGUUCUGUUUUCUCUUUUCAAAACUGGUUGAAUGCUAUUUUUACCCUGUAGGCACCUGCAACUUACCACAGGUGAGAUAAAUUACACCGUAAACGAGAAACGUUACCUCUAACCAAAUUAAUUUGAAUUUUAUCAAAUUUUGUCCAGGACAUUUUUGUAUUUGAAGUGAAUAAUCUCAAUUUCAGUUUAGAUUUUAUACACGUGUAAACAAAUACACGUGCACACAAAGUUCUCAAAUUCAACAUAUUUGAGAAUAAAUAGUGAAUCAUGUUUUGAAGUUGUUGACAUGUAGAUCACAGCAUGAUGAAGAUUGCAUUUUGAACCUUGGGGACACUAAGGUUUUAUAUUCAGUUAGAAUGUUUCUUCUGCCUGGAAGAGUUCAGGCUGCAUGCAAGAUGCCCAGGGCCACAACCCAGUGGUAGACAGUAGCUCUACUGAUUCAUAGUGCAGUGGUAGACAGUAAUUCUACUGAUUCUUAGUGCAGUGGUAGACAGUAGCUCUACUGAUUCUUAGUGCAGUGGUAUACAGUAGCUCUACUGAUUCUUAGUGCAGUGGUAGACAGUAGCUCUACUGAUUCUUAGUGCAGUGGUAGACAGUAGCUCUACUGAUUCUUAGUGGCACCCAGGGGAAGUGCACAACGUAGCAAUUGGACUACAUUAACAUAUAUCCAGUUAAUCUAAUAUAUACAGUGAGGGGAAAAGGUAUUUGAUCCCCUGCUGAUUUUGUACAUUUGCCCACUGACAAAGAAAUGAUCAGUCUAUAAUUUUAAUUGUAGGUUUAUUUGAACAGUAAGAAACAGAAUAACAACAAAAAUAUCCAGAAAAACGCAUGUCAAAAAUGUUAUAAAUUGAUUUGCAUUUUAAUGAGGGAAAUAAGUAUUUGACCCCCUCUCAAUCAGAAAGAUUUCUGGCUCCCAGGUGUCUUUUAUACAGGUAACAAGCUGAGAUUAGGAGCACACUCUUAAAGUGAGUGCUCCUAAUCUCAGCUUGUUACCUGUAUAAAAGACACCUGUCCACAGAAGCAAUCAAUCAAUCAGAUUCCAAACUCUCCACCAUGGCCAAGACCAAAGAGCUCUCCAAGGAUGUCAGGGACAAGAUUGUGGACAUACACAAGGCUGGAAUGGUUUACAAGACCAUCGCCAAGCAGCUUGGUGAGAAGGUGACAACAGUUGGUUCGAUUAUUCGCAAAUGGAAGAAACACAAAAUAACUGUCAAUCUCCCUCGGCCUGGGGCUCCAUGCAAGAUCUCACCUCGUGGAGUUGCAAUGAUCAUGAGAACGGUGAGGAAUCAGCCCAGAACUACACGGGAAGAUCUUGUCAAUGAUCUCAAGGCAGCUGGGACCAUAGUCACCAAGAAAACAAUUGGUAACACACUACGCCGUGAAGGACUGAAAUCCUGCAGCGCCUGCAAGGUCCCCCUGCUCAAGAAAGCACAUAUACAGGGCCGUCUGAAGUUUGCCAAUGAACAUCUGAAUGAUUCAGAGGAGAACUGGGUGAAAGUGUUGUGGUCAGAUGAGACCAAAAUCGAGCUCUUUGGCAUCAACUCAACUCGCCGUGUUUGGAGGAGGAGGAAAGCUGCCUAUGACCCCAAGAACACCAUCCCCACCGUCAAACAUGGAGGUGGAAACAUUAUGCUUUGGGGGUGUUUUUCUGAUAAGGGGACAGGACAACUUUACCGCAUCAAAGGGACGAUGGACAAGGCCAUGUACCGUCAAAUCUUGGGUGAGAACCUCCUUCCCUCAGCCAGGGCAUUGAAAAUUGGUCGUGGAUGGGUAUUCCAGCAUGACAAUGACCCAAAACACACGGCCAAGGCAACAAAGGAGUGGCUCAAGAAGAAGCACAUUAAGGUCCUGGAGUGGCCUAGCCAGUCUCCAGACCUUAAUCCCAUAGAAAAUCUGUGGAGGGAGUUGAAGGUUCGAGUUGCCAAACGUCAGCCUCGAAACCUUAUUGACUUGGAGAAGAUCUGCAAAGAGGAGUGGGACAAAAUCCCUCCUGAGAUGUGUGCAAACCUGGUGGCCAACUACAAGAAACGUCUGACCUCUGUGAUUGUCAUCAAGUCAUGUUUUGCAGAGGGGUCAAAUACUUAUUUCCCUCAUUUAAAAUGCAAAUCAAUUUAUAACAUUUUUGACAUGCGUUUUUCUGGAUUUUGUUGUUGUUAUUCUGUCUCUCACUGUUCAAAUAAACCUACCAUUAAAAUUAUAGACUGAUCAUGUCUUUGUCAGUGGGCAAACGUACAAAAUCAGCAGGGGAUCAAAUACAUUUUUCCCUCACUGUAAUCAAAGGAUUCAAUAGUAGAUUAUAUUUAAUAUACUAAAUAUUCAAUUGUUGCUAAUUUUUUGUGAAAUUAGUCAUUAUAUCUCACUGAUUUUCAAUAACCACGUUAAGUCAAACAGAUAUUAACAAUCAAUUUGGUCACAGAGGAUUUCUUUAGUGCACUUAGGUGGCGGGAUCCUAGAGCCAUUUUAGUCUGGGUUAAAAGUUAUAAACAUUUGUUGCAGCGUCCUCAGGACAUCAUGGUCGAUGGAAAUAGACUUGCUACCUUCCUGAACUACGUAAGUACAUGUCUCUGUGUGUAUUCAACUUGUGUUUUACUUCAUAGAAAGAGGAGCCUGAUGCUUUCAAAACAUUAGGCACUGGAAAUCGUGUGGCUACUUUUUUAAAUUACGUAAGUAUACGUAUCCAGUUGCUGCUGUCACUUUACAGUAGCAGCUACUGAUUUAGGGCUCUAUUCAUCUUUACAGCGUGAUUGAUAUUUAAAGGGAAUGUUCCCGCUUUAGCGGAGACUGCAUUCACGGUGAACGCUGCAUGUCGGCUCAUUCGGAAUCACCUUUACAUUUCUAUUGUAUAAUCUGUAAUGCUUCAGCUUUACAGAUUGAAUAGAGCCUUUAGAUUCUUCUUUGUGUGUCUCUGUUUUGCGUAAUGAUUGUUUUUGGAAGAUCCAUGACCGCCACUUCAAUAUUGGACAUGGGAAUGUCAAUCAGUGUUACCGCAUACUCAUAAAAUCACUGGCCAUGUCCGAAUACCCAUACUAGUGUGCUACAUACUUAAACUGCAUACUAUGUACUCAUCGUCGCAUGCUAUUUAACACGUACCGGUUAGUAAAAAGUAUGCAGUAUGCCACGGCCGCAACGCAGUAGCGACUCCUGACUGGCUGAGUAGGUGGGGCGGAACUGAGUGCGGGUGGAUUUUCUUACAAAUUCAACAGACAUGCAUUGCAUUAACCAGCCUGAUAAUACUUCAUUUCCAAUACGAUUAAUUUUUCUAAACUCUGAAAGGAAUAGGAAUGGAGUUAUAGGCUUACACAGGCUGGUUAUAGCCAGACUAUCACAUUCAAACUAUACCUUAGUGUAAAAAAUUGAUCAGAGUUGUGGUUGUAAAAAUACUUUAUCUUGCUUUAAUUGUUGGUUUGAGUUAGGGCUAUCAUGGUGGUGUCCAUUAAAACACAGAGAUGGUGGUUUGCAGUUCGAAGGGCUGUUGCCCGGUUUAUUAUUUCAGUUGAAUUGUUGAAGAUAAUGACGGAUAAGGUUGUAUAUAGGUCCUGGAUGGCAGGAAGCUUGGCCCCAGUGAUGUACUGGGCCUUACGCACUACCCUCUGCAGUGCCUUACGGUCAGAUGCCGAGCAGUUGCCAUACCAGGAGCUGAUGCAACCGUUCAGGAUGCUCUCAAUGGUGCAGCUGUAUAACUUUUUGAGGAUCUGGGGACCCAUGCCAAAUCUUUGCAGUCUCCUGAGGGGGAAAAGGUGUUGUUGUGCCCUCUUCACGACCAUGAUAGUUUGUUGGUGAUGUGGACAUGUGUAUUAGUGAAACCAAAGUGCUGUAACAUAUAUACACUACCGUUCAAAAGUUUGGGGUCACUUAGAAAUGUCCUUGUUUUCGAAAGAAAAGCAAUUUUGUUGUCCAUUAAAAUAACAUCAAAUUGAUCAGAAAUACAGUGUAGACAUUGUUAAUGUUGUAAAUGGCUAUUGUAGCUGGAAACGGCAGAUUUUUUAUGGAAUAUCUACAUAGGUGUACAGAGGCCCAUUAUCAGCAACCAUCUGUGUUCCAAUGGUACGUUGUGUUUGCUAAUCCAAGUUUAUCAUUUUAAAAGGCUAAUUGAUCAUUAGAAAACCCUUUUGCAAUUAUGUUAGCACAGCUGAAAACUGUUGUGCUGAUUAAAGAAGCAAUAAAACGGUCCUUCUUGAGACUAGUUGAGUAUCUGGAGCAUCAGCAAUUGUAGGUUCAAUGAGAAAUUAAGGCUAUUCCAUGCGAGAAAUUGCCAGCAUAGAAAGAGGAGUGGGAGGCCCAGGUGCACAACUGAGCAAGAGGACAAAUACAUUAGAGUGUCUAGUUUGAGAAACAGAUGCCUCACAGGUCCUCAACUGGCAGCUUCAUUAAAUAGUACCCGCAAAACACCAGUCUCAAUGUCAACAGUGAAGAAGCGACUCCGGGAUACUGACCUUCUAGGCAGAGUUGCAAAGAAAAAGCUAUUUCUCAGACUGGCCAAUAAAAAGAAAAGAUUAAGAUGGGCAGUCUGAGAUAUGGCUUUUUCACACAGGGGACUGUGUGAACCACUACUAAAGGACACCAAUAAGAAGAAGAGACCUGCUUGGGCCAAGAAACACGAGCAAUAGACAUUAGACCGGUGGGAAUUUGUCCUUUGGUCUGUAGUCCAAAUGGGAGAUUUUUGGUCCCAACUGCCGUGUCAUUGUGAGACGCGGUGUGGGUGAACGGAUGAUCUCUGCAUGUGUAUUUCCCACCGUAAAGCAUGGAGGAGGAGGUUUUAUUGUGUGGGGGUGCUUUGCUGGUGAAAGUGUCAGUGAUUUAUUUAGAAUUGAAGGCAAACUUAACCAGCAUGGCUACGACAGCAUUCUACAGCGAUACACCAUCCCAUCUGGUUUGGGCUUAGUGGGACUAUCAUUUGCUUUUCAACAGGACAAUGACCCAACACACCUCCAGGCUGUGUAAGGGCUAUUUUACCAAGAAGGAGAGUGAUGGAGUGCUGCAUCAGAUAACCUGGCCUCCACAAUCCCCUAACCUGAACCCAAUUGAGAUGGUUUGGGAUGAGUCGGACCGCAGAGUGAAGGAAAAGCAGCCAACAAGAGCUCAGCAUUUGUGGGAACUCCUUCAAGACUGUUGGAACAGCGUUCCAGGUGAAGCUGGUUGAGAGAAUGUCAAGAGUGUGCAAAGCUGUCAUCAAGGCAAAGGGUGGCUAUUUGAAGAAUCUCAAAUAUAAAAUAUAUUUUCUGGCUACUACAUGAUUCCAUAUGUGUUAUUUCAUCAUUUUGAUGUUUUCACUAUUAUUCUACAAUGUAAGAAAUAGUCAAAAUAAAGAAAAACCCUUGAAUUAGUAGGUGUGUCCAAAGUUUUGACAGGUCGUGUACUAUAAAACAUUAUAUUUUCGCAUAUUGAGAAUGCGUCAUGAGCAAUUGUGUUAUUUCCGACUGUUCGUUGAGUAUCUAAUUGAUCAGCUGUUGUCAAAGCUGAAAUUAGUAUGAUAUCCGGACAUUUAUUGUAUACUCGAUUUUCGAAAUGCUGCAUACUAUUAAACUUUCGUUUUUCGCAUACUCAAACGGUCUUCUAUUUAGGACGCAAGUAUUGGUAUUCAGACACGACCACUAACAUUGCUACAGUAGAUGGUGGUGGGAAAAAAAAGUUUGUCAAACACUGGAAAUUCACCCUUGGAGUCUGUCAGUUAAUUUCAGUGUUGUACCCACUAAACCAUAACAUUGGAUCUCAUGUAUUGGUCCAUGCUAGUACUGUAUGUAUGAUGUGUGUGUGCAAAUAGAGGCAGAAUGCCAUGCUUUGCAUAACUACAGUGCUUUUGGACGACUAAUUUUUAUACUGCACUUAUGUCUAGUUGAAUGACUGGCUCCUAUGGAUUUGGUGUUGUUAUGUUUAGUGUUAUUAAACAAUGUUGUCAUCAUUUCAAGACAUUCAAGACCCUUCUUCAGACCUUCAGUAAUCUUUAAAUUUCUACAGAUAAAUGUUUAUGACAUGGAAACUAUCAUUUGUAUGAUUACGCCUGUUAUAAAACUGUUCGUGUAAAUACAGCACACAUCCCUUAGAGAAGUAGGCUACAGUAAAUGGUAUUAGGUGGAGUACUUCAGUGUAUUAGUGAAGCCAGCUCACAAGGCUGUCCUUUCCCUGGCAGAUGAGUGAUGUUGAAGCUGGAGGAGCGACUGUGUUCCCAGACUUUGGAGCAGCUAUCUAUCCCAAAAAGGUGAGAGAUAAAACAUUUAACUGCUCUCACACAAGCACAGCCCUCAGCACUAGGGGCCAGGAAAAACUAUUGGUCAAGUCACAUGGUCAGAGAAAUCUCCUAGACUUAGUCAUCAUACAACGUUAGCCUUGGUUGAGAGGGCCCGAACUAUCUUAUUUAUAGUGAGCCAUUACGUCGAUGCAGUGGUGACUUGCAUGUACUGAACAGGGUAUGUCUCCUCAAUGUGUGUCCACAGGGAACUGCAGUCUUCUGGUACAACCUCUUUAGGAGCGGAGAGGGAGAUUACAGGACCAGACACGCUGCCUGUCCUGUGUUAGUAGGAAGUAAAUGGGGUGAGUCGGAUGGAGAGUUUAAUCCAAACACACAAGCAGCCUCUCUAAUCUCAAUCUGUUUAUUGGUGUCAGUCAUUUGAUGUGUUUCUUUGACUACUUCCUAGUAAGUCUUCAUUGUGUUUCUCUAUUGUAUCUCUCACGUAGGCUGCAAUGUUGCCGCAGUGUUUUUGUUAACGAACUUCUGCUUGCACAUACACUUACUUUGAUAAUAGGAAGCCUCUAACUGUGGGGGAGUCUUCCUGGUAGUAGUAGGUUUUAACAGAGCCCUAAACCAUGUUUCCACUGGCACUUUGAAUUAAGGCCAAAUUAGGGCUAAAUUCGAGCUAGCUCGAAUGGAAUUCUCAAAUUCGAGCUGGGUCGAGGUUAGGUUCAUAUAUAUUUUUUUUUACAUUGUAUUCUGAACCUAGGAUGGCGGGAAACCCGGGCCAGCAUAGACCAGUUUCACAGCCCAGUUUUACUAUGCAACUGCCAGCUGAUCACCACUGGAUGCUGACACCACGUUUAGCUAGGUUGACUGGGCUUGUUGCGGACUGUUAGCUAUCACAUGGGCAAGCAGUACUGCAGUAGUCAGACAUGACACAAAUUACCACCAUAGCUGGAUCCUUGAUUUAUUUUUGCACUACACAAAGAAUAUCCUACAGACACCCGACAAGGCCCAAAUCCCCGUCAUUCGCAUGAGGAAGAGACGGAGAUAUCGUGGACGUAGGUCGGGGUGCCUUGUAAGGAUCCGACGGCGAGCGAGUAAACUGCUGCUCCCAUCAAUCCUAUUAGCCAAACUUCAAUCAUUGGAAAAUAAAUUGGAUGACCUAAGAUUACGGUUAUCCUACCAACGGGACAUUAAAAACUGUAAUAUCUUAUGUUUCACCGAGUCGUGGCUGAACGACGACAUGGAUAACAUACAGCUAGCGGGCUAUAUGCUCCGGCAGGGUAGAACGGCUGACUCCGGUAAGACAAGGGGUAGCGGUCUAUGUAUAUUUGUAAACAACAGCUGGUGCACAAACUCAAAUACUAAGGAAGUCUCGAGGUUUUGCUCGCCUGAGGUAGAGUAUCUUAUGAUAAACUGUAGACCACACUAUUUACCAAGAGAGUUUUCAUCUAUAUUUUUCAUAGCUGUCUAUUUACCACCACAAACCAAUGCUGGCAUUAAGAUUGCACUGAAUGAGCUGUAUAAGGCCAUAAGUCAACAGGAAAAUGCUCAUCCAGAGGCAGCGCUCCUAGUGGCCGGGGACUUUAAUGCAGGGAAACUUAAAUCCGUUCUACCUAAUUUCUACCAGCAUGUUAAAUGUGCAACCAGAGGAAAAAAACUCUAGACCACCUUUACUCCACAGACAGAGACGCAUACAAAGCUCUCCCUCGCCCUCCAUUUGGCAAAUCUGACCAUAACUCUAUCCUCCUGAUUCCUGCUUAUUAGCAAAAACUAAAGUAGGAAGCACCAGUGACUCGGUUAAUAAAAAAGUGGUCAGAUGACGCAGAUGCUAAGCUGCAGGACUGUUUUGCCAGCACAGACUGGAACAUGUUCCGGGAUUCUUCAGAUAGCAUUGAGGAGUACACCACAUCAGUCACUGGCUUCAUCAAUAAGUGCAUCAAUGAUGUCGUCCCCACAGUGACCGUACGUACAUACCCCAACCAGAAGCCAUGGAUUACAGGAAACAUCCGCACUGAGCUAAAGGGUAGAGCUGCCGCUUUCAAGGAGCGGGACUCUAACCCGGACGCUUAUAAGAAAUCCCGCUAUGCCCUCCGACGAACCAUCAAACAGCCAGAGUCAAUACAGGACUAAGAUUGAAUCGUACUACACCGGCUCUGACGCUCGUCGGAUGUGGCAGGGCUUGAAAACUAUUAUAGACUACAAAGGGAAGCACAGCCGCGAGCUUCCCAGUGACACAAGCCUACCAGACGAGCUAAACCACUUCUAUGCUCGCUUCGAGGCAAGCAACACUGAAGCAUGCAUGAGACCACCAGCUGUUCUGGAUGACUAUGUGAUCAAGCUCUCCGUAGCCGAUGUGAGUAAGACCUUUAAGCAGGUCAACAUUCACAAGGCCGCAGGGCCAGACGGAUUACCAGGACGUGUACUCCGAACAUGUGCUGACCAACUGGCAAGUGUCUUCACUGACAUUUUCAACAUGUCCCUGACUGAGUCUGUAAUACCAACAUGUUUCAAGCAGACCACCAUAGUCCCCGUGCCCAAGGACACUAAGAUAACCUGCCUAAAUGACUACCGACCCGUAGCACUGACGUCUGUGGCCAUGAAGUGCUUUGAAAGGCUGGUCAUGGCUCACAUCAACACCAUUAUCCCAGAAACCCUAGACCCACUCCAAUUUGCAUACCGCCCCAACAGAUCCACAGAUGAUGCAAUCUCUAUUGCACUCCACACUGCCCUUUCCCACCUGGACAAGAGGAACACCUACGUUAGAAUACUAUUCAUUGACUACAGCUCAGCAUUCAACACCAUAGUGCCCUCAAAGCUCAUCACUAAGUUAAGGAUCCUGGGACUAAACACCUCCCUCUGCAACUGGAUCCUGGACUUCCUGACGGGCCGCCCCCAGGUGGUAAGGGUAGGUAACAACACAUCUGCCACACUGAUCCUCAACACGGGGGCCCCUCAGGGGUGCGUGCUCAGUGUUCUCCUGUACUCCCUGUUCACCCAUGACUGCAUGGCCAGGCACGACUCCAACACCAUCAUUAAGUUUGCCGACGACACAACAGUGGUAGGCCUGAUCACCGACAACGAUGAGACAGCCUAUAGGGAGGAGGUCAGAGACCUGGCCGUGUGGUGCCAGGAUAACAACCUCUCCCUCAACGUGACCAAGACAAAUGAGAUGAUUGUGGACUACAGGAAAAAUAAUAGGACUGAGCACGCCCCCAUUCUCAUCUACGGGGCUGUAGUGUAACAGGUUGAGAGCUUCAAGUUCCUUGAUGUCCACAUCACCAAAGAACUAUCAUGGUCCAAACACACCAAGACAGUCGUGAAGAGGGCACGACAAAGCCUAUUCCCCCUCAGGAGACUGAAAAGAUUCGGCAUGGGUCCUCAGAUCCUCAAAAAAUUAUACAGCUGCACCAUCGAGAGCAUCCUGACUGGUUGCAUCUCUGCCUGGUAUGGCAACUGCUUGGCCUCCGACCGCAAGGCACUACAGAGGGUAGUGCGUACGGCCCAGUACAUCACUGGGGCCAAGCUUCCUGCCAUCCAGGACCUCUAUACCAGGCGGUGUCAGAGGAAGGCCCUCAAAAUUGUCAAAGACUCCAGCCACCCUAGUCAUAGACUGUUCUCUUGCUACCGCACGGCAAGCGGUACCGGAGUGCCAAGUCUAGGUCCAAAAGACUUCUCAACAGCUUCUACCCCCAAGCCAUAAGACUCCUGAACAGCUAAUCGUGGCUACCCGGACUAUUUGCACUGCCCCCCCACCCCAUCUAUUUACGCUGCUGCUACUCUGUUAAAUAUUAAUGCAUAGUCACUUUAACUCUACCCACAUGUACAUAUUACUUCAACUACCUCAACUAGCCGGUGCCCCCGCACAUUGACUCUGCACCGGUACCCCCUGUAUAUACAGUGGGGAAAAAAAGUAUUUAGUCAGCCACCAAUUGUGCAUGUUCUCCCACUUAAAAAGAUGAGAGAGGCCUGUAAUUUUCAUCAUAGGUACACGUCAACUAUGACAGACAAAUUGAGAAAAGAAAUUCCAGAAAAUCACAUUGUAGGAUUUUUAAUGAAUUUAUUUGCAAAUUAUGGUGGAAAAUAAGUAUUUGGUCACCUACAAACAACCAAGAUUUCUGGCUCUCACAGACCUGUAACUUCUUCUUUAAGAGGCUCCUCUGUCAUCCACUCGUUACCUGUAUUAAUGGCACCUGUUUGAACUUGUUAUCAGUAUAAAAGACACCUGUCCACAACCUCAAACAGUCACACUCCAAACUCCACUAUGGCCAAGACCAAAGAGCUGUCAAAGAACACCAGAAACAAAAUUGUAGACCUGCACCAGGCUGGGAAGACUGAAUCUGCAAUAGGUAAGCAGCUUGGUUUGAAGAAAUCAACUGUGGGAGCAAUUAUUAGGAAAUGGAAGACAUACAAGACCACUGAUAAUCUCCCUCGAUCUGGGGCUCCACGCAAGAUCUCACCCCGUGGGGUCAAAAUUAUCACAAGAAUGGUGAGCAAAAAUCCCAGAACCACACAGUGGGACCUAGUGAAUGACCUGCAGAGAGCUGGGACCAAAGUAACAAAGCCUACCAUCAGUAACACACUACGCCGCCAGGGACUCAAAUCCUGCAGUGCUAGACGUGUCCCCCUGCUUAAGCCAGUACAUGUCCAGGCCCGUCUGAAGUUUGCUAGAGUGCAUUUGGAUGAUCCAGAAGAGGAUUGGGAGAAUGUCAUAUGGUCAGAUGAAACCAAAAUAUAACUUUUUGGUAAAAACUCAACUCGUCGUGUUUGGAGGACAAAGAAUGCUGAGUUGCAUCCAAAGAACAACAUACCUACUGUGAAGCAUGGGGGUGGAAACAUCAUGCUUUGGGGCUGUUUUUCUGCAAAGGGACCAGGAUGACUGAUCCGUAUAAAGGAAAGAAUGAAUGGGGCCAUGUAUCGUGAGAUUUUGAGUGAAAACCUCCUUCCAUCAGCAAGGGCAUUGAAGAUGAAACGUGGCUGGGUCUUUCAGCAUGACAAUGAUCCCAAACACACCGCCCGGGCAACGAAGGAGUGGCUUCGUAAGAAGCAUUUCAAGGUCCUGGAGUGGCCUAGCCAGUCCCCAGAUCUCAACCCCAUAGAAAAUCUUUGGAGGGAGUUGAAAGUCCGUGUUGCCCAGCGACAGCCCCAAAACAUCACUGCUCUAGAGGAGAUCUGCAUGGAGGAAUGGGCCAAAAUACCAGCAACAGUGUGUGAAAACCUUGUGAAGACUUACAGAAAACGUUUGACCUGUGUCAUUGCCAACAAAGGGUAUAUAACAAAGUAUUGAGAAACUUUUGUUAUUGACCAAAUACUUAUUUUCCACCAUAAUUUGCAAAUAAAUUCAUUAAAAAUCCUACAAUGUGAUAUUCUGGAUUUUUUCUCAUUUUGUCUGUCAUAGUUGACGUGUACCUAUGAUGAAAAUUACAGGCCUCUCUCAUCUUUUUAAGUGGGAGAACUUGCACAAUUGGUGGCUGACUAAAUACUUUUUUUCCCCACUGUAUAGCCUCCCUACUGUUAUUUUAUUUUACUUCUGCUCUUUUUUUCUCAACACUUUUUUUGUUGUUGUUUUAUUUUACUUUUUUAUUAAAAAUAAAUGCACUGUUGGUUAAGGGCUGUAAGUAAGCAUUUCACUGUAAUGUCUGCACCUGUUGUAUUCGGCGCAUGUGGCCAAUACAAUUUGAUUUGAUUUGAGAACAGUCAUCCCUCGAAUGAUAGCUAUCUAACGUUAGCUAACAUUAGCUUGCAAAUCAGAGUUGAAACAAGCUAAAUCAAAUCAAAUUGUAUUUGUCACAUACACGUGUUUAGCAGAUGUUAUUGCGGGUGUAGUGAAAUGCUUGUGCUUCUAGCUCCGACAGUGCAGUAAUAUCUAACAAGUAAUAUCUAACAAUUUCACAACAUAUACCCAAUACACACAAAUCUAAGUAAGGAAUGGAAUUUAAGAAUAUAUGCAUAUGAACAAGCAAUGACAGAGCGGCAUGGACUAAGAUACAGUAGAAUAUUAUAGAAUACAGUAUAUACAUAUGAGAUGAGUAGUGCAAGAUAUGUAAACAUUAUUAAAGUGACUAGUGUUCCAUUUCUUAAAGUGGCCAGUGAUUUCAAUAGGCAGCAGCAGCCUCUAAUGUGCUAGUGAUGUCUGUUUAACAGUCUGAUGGCCUUGAGAUAGAAGCUGUUUUUCAUUCUCUCGGUCUAACGUGAGCUAGCGUGAAUUUUAGCUGGCGAGGUUCUAUUGAAACUUGUCGUCUGGUUUGCUUGGUUAGCUAGCUCUGUUAUUAUUUCAAUUUCUUGUGUGUUUUUAUUCUACUUUAUUGUAUAAUACUAUAUAUUGAUUACUGCAUUGUUGGGAAAAGAGUAUGCAAGAAAGGAAUAACUGUACUCGUGCACGUGACAAUAAAACUUAAAAACUUGGAGUCUUUCUGUUAGUAGUAGGUUUUAACCGAGCCCUUAGUCUCACACAUCGGAGAGAAUUGAGACUGGCACUGACAUUUUGUAUUUCUCUGUGUUGCCAGUGUCCAACAAAUGGAUCCAUGAGCGAGGUCAAGAGUUCAGGAGGCCAUGUGGCCUGACAGAAGUGGACUGA